UGGAGAAAAACUAUUGCCGGGCGCUAGUUUUAUUUAUUACAAGUUAUCUGCAAUUUUCAUCAAUUUUACAGUCAUUUAUAGAUGCUUUAAGUAAUACUGUUCAACCAGUUUACCCAUAUUACACAUUUCAAGAAUGUCGCUUCUGGCACUCGGUUCGUUCCUAGUCAAACAACGCCACGUUUCCAGUGCUCUAUUGCGCUGUUCGUCAACGAUCCCAAGCAUCUUGCUUCAUCGUUCAAUAAGCAAUGCAUCAAAACAAACAUCUUCCUCUAAAUCCCUGUCAGCAGGAAGUGAUCGUACAGACGUAUCAACCGACGUACGGCCAAUCGGUGAACGGGUGAAGGAAAACACGAAAACAGCCAGCUAUAUGGGCGUAAUUUUGCUCGGCGUUGGAGUAACCGGUCUGUUGUUCUAUGUCAUAUUUUGGGAACUGUUUUCAUCAGACAGUCCUAACAAUAUCUACUCAGAGGCACUGGAACGGGUAAAGGAAGAACCGAGAGUGAAAGAUGCGCUCGGCGCACCAAUCAAGGGCUAUGGUGAGGAAAGCCGGCGUGGUCGGCGAACCCGUGUUGCACACACUCAAUACGUUAAAGACGGUGUAGAAUACAUUCGCAUGCAGUUCUUCGUGCAAGGAUUCCGGAACAGAGGCACCGUCCAUCUGGAGAAACGCAAAACGGAAUCCGGCAGCUAUGAAUAUCGCUAUCUAUUUGUGCAACUUGAUUAUAACCCUCACAGUCCCAUAAUACUCGAAGACAACAGACUGCAGCAGGAUUCACUGCGAUCGCCAGCCGGUACGUUGCCGCAACCUUUUCUGUAAAAACUAUUGAAACGAACUCUGCAGCCAGUUUGUGGGAAAGGAACUUCCAUCUGUUUAAUUAUGUUUAUCCUUCCACGGGUUUACUUCUACUGCGCGCAGAUAAAAGUUUUCGAACAGAUAUUGCUUAAUUUUUUCAGUCAGCCACAAUGAGACGAGUAGCAGGGGAAAAUAGCUUCCCCAGAACUGACACAGCUUCCACCAUAGAGAAUUUUUGUAGAGAAAGGCCAUUGCUCGGCUAUCGGCACCUCCGAUAUCGACCUCGAUUUGUAUGCGUAUCGAUCCAGAAUCAUCCAUCGUCCAGUCCUUACGAUGAGUGUGAUAUUCAUAGUAUGCCGGAUUAGUGCUCUGUAUCUUCGUGAGUAUUCGGCCCGGCUGAAAUUCAUCGAGAGUUGUGUUUUCAUUCGGAUAGUACCGAUCGCUGAAGUGAGAUUUAUGAUGUCGCAUGAAAAACGGACACUGGAGUGCUGCGGUUUGUUGAGCUUGCACGAACCCAUGAUGCGUGACUGUGCCGGAUUCAAACUUGCGUCUCGGUGCCGGUACUUUUUCCAACGAAACAAACGUCGGUACGACGAAAAAACAUUGUGACUAGAAUGAGUGAAAUAAAAAGGACGUUAAAUACAGUU